UUGCAUGGUCUGCCCUUGAUGACGACGAAACCGUUCUUUCUCAAUGCAGAACAUUGCAUUGGGAAGGUCAGGGAGGAUCCUGCAUCUGCAACCUCGAAGUUGUGUUCUUCUUCAGCCAUUUUGUUCUAUGUGUGUGUGGGUGGUGUUCUGGUGAUGUUCGAAACCGUUUCUGCAACAGGAGAGAGAGAAAAACGACCCGGAAGGAAAAGAGUCAACCUCAAGCAGCAGAGAAGAGAAGGGGAGAUGAAAAAAAAUGAAGAAAAAUUUCGUAAAACCUCACAGAGUCAACGAAAAUUCAAUGCAAGCACACCUUCCAUCAGUCUCACACACUCCUCACCCACCCUCUUGCUCUCGCUCUCGCUCCCGCUCUUGCUCCUCCUGCCUCAGCCCGCCCUGCUCGCCCUGGCCAUUUUCGCCAUUUUCGCCAUUUUCGCAGCUCGACGACGUCGGUUUUUUUCCAAACACGUCAACCGCUCGGCGACGCUGGCGGCACCGGGCGGCGGUCCUCGGGAGCUCCAGCCUGUGUAUGUGGGGGUGGCGAAGAGAGCCAGCGCCUGCUGCACUACACGUCUGUGUUUCUUGUUCAGACCGCCACACACAUCCGUCUGCGCUGCUGCAUUGCGUGUACGCAGCAGAGCCUGCUGCCCUGCACCGCCCCUAACCCUGUCUGCAAACCCUCUCCGCCGCCCCCUCUGGCUGCGGGCGGCCGGGUAACAGCUGCAGCGAGGCGCGUGGGCGCUUUCCGCCCCCCGCGCCAGCUUGCUC